ACACACACACACACACACACACACACACACACACACACAUGCACGUACUCACGCGGAAGAAGUACUGAAGGACAGUCUUUGGUACGUGGAGGACAGGAGAAACGUCAAAAUGCGUUUUUUACAGAAUUUAUAUCUGUUUUUCCUUAUUAUUGCCGGUUCACUCCUCGGGGUCAGUUACUUCAGCUACACAUCUUCCUGGUUCAGUGGUGUGUGGGAGUGCAGACUGACUGUGGAAGAAAAAAAGCAUGGUAAUACAGACCUAAUCUUUCCUCCAAGGAUUGCAUGCGCUCAGCCCAGUGUGAGUAAUAGUCGGCCGGAUGUCUCCACAAUGACCCCGUGGUUAGCUCCAAUUGUGUGGGAGGGUACAUAUGAUUUGACGGUGAUUGACAACAUCUACAAACAACAGAACAUCACCGUGGCAGUCACCGUCUUCGCUCUGGGGAAGUACGUACGCUUCCUGAAGGACUUCCUAGAAUCUGCAGAGCAGCACUUCAUGGUGGGCUACCGAGUGCAUUAUUACCUGUUUACAGAUCGUCCGGACGAGGUUCCCGCGGUAACGCUGGGGGAAGGGCGUCAGUUGACCGUGAUAAAAACAGAAACUUCGAACCGCUGGCAGGAAAUCUCACUGCGCAGGAUGGAGAGAAUCGAGAAGCUCAUCGAGAAGGAACUCAUCGACAAGGCAGACUACAUAUUCAGUCUCGACGUCGACUCCAAAUUCUACGCUCACUGGGGGGCGGAGUCUCUGGGCGACCUUGUCGGCGCGCUGCAUGCCUGGUAUUUCGGAACAUCUCGGGAACAGUUCACGUACGAGCGGCGUCCUGAAUCUCAGGCCUUCAUACCUUUACAAGAAGGAGACUACUACUACAUAGGUGCCAUGAUCGGAGGACGCCUCGACAAAGUGCACAAGCUGGUGAAGACGUGCCGCAUGCAGCUGGAUGUGGACCGAGCCAAUCACAUUGAAGCGGCAUGGCAGGAGGAGUCUCACCUGAAUAAGUACUUCCUGUACAAUAAGCCCAGCAAGGUGCUCUCACCUGAAUACCUGUGGGAUGACAAGAAAGGGAAACCCAGCUACAUGAAAGUGGUGCGUUUCUCUCAGGUGGUCAAGAAUAACGCCGAGGUCCGACCCAACCCUUAAAGCACACUGUACUGUAAUGGGUUUCUCAGGAAAGAUAAAUUAACUAACACCACUAACUCUAUCACCAUCUGCUCACAGGUUUCAACCACAGACUACACCAAGGUCUUCCAUCAGGAAAUGUUUGGUUACCCUACAUUAUAAGACAUGUUGAUGAUUAUAUUAAUAAAUUGUGUUUUCCUGUAUUUUUAAGUCCUAAUUAUGUUUGUAAGUUACAAAAAAGCAAUAAAGACAAUUCUUAAAGGAAAUCUAACUCCAUGUCUUCAAAUUUCAGUACAGGAACCAUGGUGCAGUAGUUGCCCUUCUUAAAUAUACAUUCUCUUUUAUCUACCUCAUUUGAAUAUGAUUGUUCUUGUGGAACAAUGUACAUCACUCUUUACAGACCUGAAAUACUCAGCACACGUUGUUGACGUCCACUGACCGUUUCACAAAAAGAAAAUGGUGUCGUUAACAUUAUCCAAAAAAACAAUAUUGCCAAAGACCUUCCUGUUUUUAUGUGACAUGUUUAGGCUUUGCAGCAUGAGAUCAGAAUCCCUUACUAUCGAAAAACCUCUGCAAGAGUGUCGACAUUACAUCUUCAAUAAGCGAUUCAUUCUGAUCGAGGCGUGUGGAUCCAAAGCCUAUCCCGGGAACACUGGAUACGGGGCAGGAAUACACCC